GGCGAGGAAAAAAGAACUAAUCAGUUGUUGCGAAUUGUUAUAAAAAUCGAUCGUAUCGCAGAUUUUUCCGUAUCUGAAUGCGAAAGAGAAAGUGGCACAAAAUGUAAAAAAAUCGAGCGAAAACUAGAUCGCUAUAACCCACAACAACAGCAGCAUGCAUAAUUCUACAGUAUGUGUGUUUCAUUGCCAAAGCAACGUUUACGUUUAAAACCUCUCGCCAGAGAGCAAAUAAAUACAAAAUACACAUAAAUAAAUAAAUAAAUCAAAUCAAAACCAAACAACCAAACAUCAAAUAGCAAAUUACAAACAAAAUUCAGCAACAGCAGCAACAACAACAACAACAAAAUAUCGAAAGCAAAGAAACGAGACGAAAGAGAGAGCUCUUCAAUAUUUGUGUAUCCGUGUGUGUCGUCUCUCUCGCUCUCUCUCUCUCCCUCGCGUGUGUCUCCGUGCCUAUACCUUUGUGUGUCUGUGUGCGUGCAGCAGAAUCAAUAAUAAAAAAUAAAAAUCCAAAAAAAUAAAAAUUAAGCAAAUGUGCAAAAUACUCGAGUAUAUCGAAAUCAACAAAAAAUAACAACACAUCACACCGGAUAAAUAACAAUAAUAGCAAUACACUAUAGGCAACAAAGUUGAGAAAAUGAGGUGCUGCUGCUGUGCGAAGAAAACAAGCCAAGAACUAUGACGCAUCAAAAUCAUCAGACAAACGGCGCAAGUUUGGAGGAUUGCCACACAAACUUUUAUGCCUUGACUGAUUUAUGUGGAAUAAAAUGGCGGAAGUUCGUUAACGGGGAGCGACCGAACGCAUCCAGCGAUCCUUUGGCGGACCCGAUCCUGCGCUCCUAUUCGCGAUGCAUCCAGGCGGACAUGCUGUGCGUGUGGAGGAGGGUCCAAUCCACGAAGACGGACAACGCCGACCCGAAUGCCUUAACCUUCGAGAUCACCACCUCGACCAAGGUCCACCCGCCCCUUUCGCUGGCCGCCGCCAAGGAGCUAUGGAUCUUCUGGUACGGCGAGGAGCCCGAUCUCACUGAACUGGUCGAUGCCGAGCUGCUCCGAGUUGCGGCCAACCAAGCGCUUUGGAAUGGCACCUGGAAAGGAGCCCUCACCUACGAGUGCCGAUCGCUGCUCUUCAAGGCGCUGCACAAUCUCAUGGAGAGAUUCGUGCUCACCAAGGACAUUGUUCGAUUUGGCAAAUGGUUUGUGCAGCCCUGCACCUCCAGCGAUCGUCUCUUUGGACGCAGCUCCCAGCACUUGUCCUUCUCAUUCACGUUCUUCGUUCACGGCGACACAGUUUGCGCCUCCAUAGAUUUGCGCGAACAUCCCGCCGUACGUCCGCUGACCAAGGAGCAUUUGGCCGAGGCGGCGGCUGCCUUUGCAGCGUCCAGUUCUCCGCCCGGAUCAACAGGAUCUGCGGCGUCAGCGGGCGGAGCAGUGCCUAAUCCUGGUCAGGACGCAAAUGGCGCCGGAAUGGAGCCACUCGAUGGCGGCGAGGGCGCAGCCAAGGCAGCGCCACCUGCGCAUGCGCGCAAGGUGAUGUUGGCCCCCUUCGGAAUUGCGGCCAUACUCACCGGCAAUAGCUAUAAGGCCAGCGAUCCCAUAGCCGAGAAGAUCCUCGAGGACUGGGCCUCGUUUUUUCCGCUGUGCAAUAAGGACAACUCGGAUGUGCCACCCGUGGUGGAAGUGGUGUCGGGUGGUCAUAAGAUGUAUCAUCCCACGAACUACGUACUAGUCACCGACCUGGACGACAUGGAGCACAUGGAGUUCGUCGAGAUGCAGAAGAUGCAGAGCUCAGUGGGUGGAGCGGCGGCCGAGGCAGCAGUCCUGGCCUCGCUCUCCUGCCCACCGGGCUCAGCGUCUGCCCCUCCUUCCCUGGGAGCAGCUCCUUCUGCUACAGCGAUUCCCGUGGGUCCGGCUUCCCUCAACGCUCCAGGAGCAGGAGCCACCGCGUCAUCCGCCGCCAAAGAGGUAUCCCGCAAGGCGGCCCCCCAAGCCGUCAGCGCCCUGGAACGUCUCGCCUUCCAGCCCUACUACGAUCAACGGCCCACCUCGGGCUUCACCUUCAAUACCAACAAUACUCACAUACCCGCCUCGGCUGCCGUGGAAAUGCCGGAACGCACCUGGCAGGAUUGCGUGAUGAACACGCUCCACGUGGAUGCAGCAGCGGCGGCGGCAGCAGCAGCAGUGGCAUCUUCAACACCCGCCUCGGGAACCGGAACAUCUGCCGAUGGCGAUGAGAACGAGCAGAACAAACCGCCGCAGCAGGAUUCCAAGCAACUGGUGCAGCAGCAGAUUCAGCAGCAGCAGCAGCAGCAACGUCAGAAGCUCUGGAACUUUGUGGAUCCCAUGCAAAAGGCGCCCUGCAUAUGCACCAACGCCCAAUGCAGCAGCAGCAGCAGCGGCAGCAACAGUGGCAACAGCAACAACAUUAGCAAUAUCAGCAACAACAAGCGACAACAGCAACCGCUGGGAUCGCCGGCACUGCGGGCAGCAGUCACCGGUGCCAGUGGCAAUAAGUCGUCGUCGUCAUCAUCAUCAUCGUCGUCGUCUUCGUCGUCGUUGUCCUACCAGCAACAUUACCACCAGCAACAUCUGCAGCAGCAGCAGCAGCAACAGCGACCGGGAACACCUGUGCCGCCGGCAGCAGCAGCAGUAGCAGCAACAUCGCAUCAUUCCAGUUCCCUGAGCAACACUUCCGCCUCCAAUUCUUCCGCGACCGCCCUCCGGCGUCACAAUGUGCCGUUCCACAAGCGGUUGCUCCACUCGCUGGCAUCCACCGCCUCCUCCACGGCCUCCACCUUUAGAGCCAAAAACCACAGCAACACCACAACAGACACCAAUAUACCAAAACAAAGACAUCUGGGGAACACACCUCAUGGAACGCCACAUGGUGGGGCCUCGACGUACUCCCGGAAUUCCUUGGGUGGCGACUCCUCGAUGCCGGUGGCCUCCGUUGAAUCACCAGCGACACCGGCUCCCUCUCCGCAUCCAAAUUCGGCGCACUCGCAACCGACAUCCGUGCCGCCCGCUGAGCAACUACUCAACAUGAGUCCCCAUGCGCCCACUUCCGUUUCCAAUCUGCAGCAGCCGCCAACGCCCAUUGACCAUCUGCUGGACAAGAAUACACCGGCGCCGACGCCAACGGAUCAGCACGAUAACAAGAGCAUUACGGCCUCGCCUUAUGUCCAUCAGACGCCCAGCGUGGAGCCGCCCUCCUACACGGAUCAUGCGGCCGGCGGAGGAGCAGCUGGUGGUCAAUCAAUGGGCACUGGACCGGGCAGUGUUCCCGCCCAGCAACCGGCCACGCCCACAGCAGCAACUUCAGCUGCAGGAGCCGGAUCUGGAGGAGCUUCAAACGCAAUUGGAGGAUCUGCGGUGGGAACUAUUAGCGUCAAGAAGCUUGAGAUGCAGCAGCAGACUCCAUCGGCAGCAAUGGCCAUCAAACAGGAGCCGGGCCUUCAAGGCCGGGGGGCAGGAAGCGUGACCACCACCACGGAGGCCAUGAACAACUUGAGGCGCCUGUACAACCCGCCGAAGUUGACGUUAAAGGAUCCGGACAGCUUCUACGAUGACGAGUGGCUCAAGGAGGUCAUCUACGACUUUCAGUACCAGGAGAACUGGGACUAUCUGACAGUGAAGCGUCCGAAGCUGGAUAAGCAACGUCGGCCGAGGUAUGCCAAGAACCUGUACGAGGGACACACGCACGUGAAGCCCCUGAUGCCAUCGCCGGGAUCCGUUUAUGGUUCGCAGCUGCUCUCGCUGGAUGUCUCAGCCACUUCAGCGGGAGGAGGCGUCGGAGGAUCAGCGGCGGGCAGUUCCAGCGGUGGAUUAGUCGGCAUCGCCAACAGCACAGCCAAUGGUAGUGAUGCGGAGGCCGAUAGCGGGAGCAGCUUUUUCCAGGGCUUAGACAUUAAGACAGAGCCCGGAUUGCAUUCCCCCUCGUGCAAGGAGACCUCAAAGUCCUCGGGCGGGGGCAACAACAGCGGUGGAGGAAGCGGUAGCGGUGGUAACCUGUUCACCGCCGAAGGUCUGAAUCCCUCGCUCAACGAUCUGGAGCAAUUGUUUGAGACGAGCUCGAAUGAUGAGUGCAGCAGCGUGCAAAUCCACACGCCACCCGAUUCCAAUAAUCCCUCGAAUGGCGGCUGCAGUGCUGUGACCAAUACGAUCGAAGACCUCAAGCGGAGCACGGCGGUGGCCAGUGCAGUGGUGGCUGCGGCAGCGGCGGCAGCAGCAGCGGCCUCGGGAGCGGGCAAUAUCCAGGCGGAGGAUCUCACCAAGAUGUUUCCCACACCUCCGUCGCACGAGCAACAGCACCCAAACUCGAGUCCCUGCCAAACGGACGUGGUCAUGACGGAUCUCAGUGUGGACACCACCACAACCAGUAUAAACAGCAGUAGUAUCACCACAACCUGCAACACCACCAUUACGAGUAGUAUCAACAACACCACCACCACAGGCUGUAGCAACACCAGCAGCAGUAUUAUCCUGGCAGCCGUACAAGCUCCCGUCACCGUGGUGGCCAUCCAGACUGUUUCCAAGCUGGUGAAGCAGGAGUACAACCUGGAGUUGGGUAGCCCGGUGGAAGAGCCCAUCGAUGACUGGAACUAUGUCUACCGACCACCGCAGCAGGAGAAGUUUGUGGGUUCCACUCGCUACGCUCCACUGACCAACCUGCCUAGCCAGACGCAACCGCCGUUAAGUUUGCCUCCGGGAUGUUUUUACCAACCCACUUGGAGUAGUCAUAAAUCCAGAGCAGCCACGCUGGCAAAAGCUGCGGCAGCUCAGCAGCAGCAGCAUCAAAAGCAUCAGGCCCUUCAGCAGCGCAUCCAAUUGCAUCAGCAGAAGUUGCAGCAGCUCCAGCACCAGCAUCAUCAGCAGCAACAAGCGGCGGCCGCCGCAGCAGCAGCGGCAGCGGGAGGAGUGGGCCACCAGAAGCACCAGCAUCAGCAUCUUCAUGAUCUUUUGUCAGCGGCACCAAGGACACCACUUACGCCUUCUACUGUCCCCCAACCGUUGAGCAGCGGCGGCAGUCAGCUGUUGCUGAAUCAGUUAAACUGCCCGCAGGCGCCACCCGGCAGCUCCAUGCAGCAACUAAUGCAUCGAGCGGGAAUGUCCCCCAUUUCACCGGGACCCGGGAUGGGUCCCUAUGCCGCCCGAAGUAGUCCAAUGUCGAGGGCGACUCCUACGCAUCCGCCACCACCAUAUCCCUAUGACUUGGCUGUGGCCAGUCCAGCUACCUCCACAUCGUCAUACUUGAACCGGCCACUCCACUCGCAAGAGCAUCCGCACAUGCAUGGAAUGGGCGGUGGAGGAGCAGGAGGUGUUGGAGGUCCUGGACAAGGAGCUGGCGGACACAUGGGCAUGAUGCCCUACACUGGCGAUGCGGGCAUUGCCAGUGGUGGAACAGCGAUGACAGCCGGGCCCUCGAGUCUGCUCCAGGAGCUACCAGAAGUGAAUUCUGUCCUGGUAAACAUCCUGCUGUACGAUACCGCUUUGAAUGUCUUCCGGGAUCACAACUUCGAUAGCAGCAGUGUGUGCGUGUGCAAUGCGGAUACGCAAAAGAUUGGCAAUAUUCGGGGAGCGGAUUCCGGAGUAUAUGUACCCCUGCCUGGCAUUAGCUUUAACCCGUUUCCGACUGGUGGUGGAGGAGGAGGAGGAGGAGCAGGAGGAACUGCGGCUGGACAGCGGGUGCUUAAUGGACCCAGUUCCGCUGGUUUUGGCGGCAUGCGGAUGAUCAGUGCCUUUGGGGGCUCGCCGGCCUCCGUUUCGAUGCCUGGAGCUGGCUCCGGACAUGGUCACGGCCCGAACGGCGGCUCCAACUCGUCAUCCUGCACGCCGCCCAGCACCAAUGUCCAUAUCACUGGCUAUGUGGACGAUGACCCGGUGGAGUGUACGUGUGGCUUUAGCGCAGUGGUCAAUCGAAGACUAUCCCACCGCGCUGGACUCUUCUACGAGGAUGAGGUGGAGAUCACGGGAAUAGCGGAUGAUCCGGGUAGGAAUAAGCAGCCCACGUUGCUCAGUAUCAUCCAGAGUCUCAGCAGGAAGAACCAGAUCAAGCCGGGACCGGGAGAAACGAGUUCUGCUUUGGAGAAAAUCGGAGCAGGAGGAGUGGCAAGUGGACAACUUGAACAACUGACACAUGCUGUCUUUGACCUGCUAUUGGAUCAGUGCUCCAUCAUCCAGACCUCCAGUAGUUCCGUGCACAGAGCCCUUCAAUCCCAUCGGAGGCGAAUGUCCCGUCAACGAAGGAUCUUUGGCACCAAUGGAGCACCCACCGCCUCGUUGGCAUCAAUUGCAAAUGUUCUAGAGUUUAUGGAUGCACAUGACGUGAUCAGCUUGGCUCUAGAGCAGGCGAGAUUGGCGUUCGAAAAUCAGCGGAUGGACAACAUGAUGGACUUUCAUGGUAAUGGGAGCAGUAGCUCCCAUCAGCAGCAACAACUCACAGCCUUUCAUGCACCACCGCCUGCGUUGCGUCAUAAGCUGGCGGGAAUUGGUGCUGGACGGUUGACGGUCCACAAGUGGCCGUAUCUCCCCGUGGGCUUUACCCGCAGCAACAAGGAGAUUGUGCGCACCAUGAACGCGAUACAGCCGAUGCUACAGAAUGCCUUCCACUGCAAGUCAAGGGGUGGAUCAGGCUCCAAGGACGCCAGUUCGUAUAACACAGUGAGUGGACCGCUCACCUGGCGGCAGUUCCAUCGCCUGGCAGGUCGUGCAUCUGGACAGUGUGAACCGCAACCCAUACCUUCGGUGGUGGUGGGAUACGAGAAGGAUUGGAUUUCGGUGGCACCUCAUUCCAUCCACUACUGGGAUAAGUUUCUCUUGGAACCGUACUCAUAUGCUAGGGAUGUGGUCUACCUGGUGGUGUGUCCGGACAACGAGCAUGUGACCGGUUGCACUCGCAGCUAUUUCCGUGAACUGAGCAGCACCUACGAGAUGUGCAAGCUGGGCAAACACACGCCUAUCCGAGGAUGGGAAGGUAUCCUGCAGGUGGGCGCUGCUCGCAACAACGUGCCCGCGGAUCGGGAGACCACUCCGUUAGAUGAAUGGUUGCGGACUUUGGAGCAUACUGCUCUAGCGGAGCAAAUUCGUCGUUAUGCAGUGGCUUUUAUUCACCAAUUGGCUCCCUAUCUGAGUCGAGUGCCUAAUGAUAAGACGCUGCUGAAUCCACCGGAUGGCUCUGGAAACUCAAACUCCAAAGGAGGCAGUUCUUCAUCCUCGAACAGCUCUUCAGUCACUGGAUUGCCUGGCGGGGACUUACCCACGGAUCAUAUCAAGCUCGAACCGGGUACAGAACCUCCAGUUCAACCGAUGGAAACCAACGAAAUAAAACAGGAACCAGGCACAGGAAAGGGAGGAUCUGCAGCAGGUGAUACCAAACCUGCCCUGAUCCUAGGCGAUCCAUUGGGCAUGGGCGAGACUUUGGAGGACAUCAACCCAUCUGCCAUUGUCCUCUAUGUGGUCAAUCCGUUUACCUUUGCCUCGGAUAGCUGCGAAUUGGAGCGACUGGCUUUAAUUGCUCUGCUUCGUUGCUACGCGGAACUCCUGAAAGCUGUCCCCGAUUCGGUGCGAUCGCAGAUGAACAUACAGAUUAUUUCACUGGAAUCCGUAAUGGAACUGGGACCCUGCGGCAAUAGAAAGCGCUUCUCUGAUGAGAUUAGGUGCCUGGCCUUGAACAUUUUUUCGCAGUGCCGGCGACAUUUGGUGCACGCGCAAUCCGUGAAAAGUCUUACGGGCUUUGGAACGGCCGCCAAUAUGGAGGCCUUCCUCAAGACCAAGGACGAACCUAAUCGCCGGGCCUACAAGAUGUACACCGCUCCCUUUGUUUUGGCACCGAUGCACGAGAGGAAUGACAAAACGGACUUCUCCAGAUCGGCGGGCAGUAUGCAUGGACAGAAUGAACAUCGUUACUCGGUGAUGUACUGCAAUUACUGCCUGAGCGAGGAUCAGGCCUGGCUUCUUGCCACCGCCACAGAUGAACGGGGCGAGUUGCUGGAAAAGAUCUGCAUCAAUAUCGAUGUGCCGAAUCGGGCGAGAAGAAGGAAAGCUCCCGCUCGCUAUGUGGCACUGAAGAAGCUGAUGGACUUCAUCAUGGGAAUCAUCUCGCAGACAUCGCAGAUGUGGCGAUUGGUUAUCGGUCGCAUUGGACGGAUAGGACACAGUGAACUGAAGUCGUGGAGUUACUUGCUCAGCAAGCAGCAGCUCCAGAAGGCUUCCAAGCAAUUCAAGGACAUGUGCAAGCAAUGUACAUUGAUGUAUCCACCCACCAUCCUGAGUGCCUGCCUGGUGACCCUGGAACCGGAUGCCAAGCUGCGCGUGAUGCCCGAUCAGUUUACGCCGGAUGAGCGCUUCUCACAGAUCUCCAUGCAGAAUCCGCUGGCCACGCCGCAGGACGUGACCUGCACCCACAUCCUGGUAUUUCCCACCAGCGCCGUCUGUGCGCCCUUUACACGCCAAUUCCAGAACGAGCCGCAAGUAGAUGACGACUUCCUCACCUUUGAAGAGGAGGGCAACGAGGACUUUGACGAUGCGGAAAUCGGAGACCUCUUGUGGGGGGAUACUCACAUAGACAGGGUUUCCAAUCAUGGUAGUCCGGGACGCAUGGAUGACAACCGCAGCUGGCAGAGCGCCGGUGGCAAUAACUUCAAGUGCACGCCGCCACAGGAAGUGGAAGAGGUUGGUUCACUCAACCAGCAGCCAAUAUCAGUGGGCUACAUGGUGUCGACGGCGCCAACGGGUCGCAUGCCCGCUUGGUUCUGGUCCGCCUGUCCACAUCUAGAGGAUGUGUGCCCCGUGUUCCUGAAGACGGCCUUACACCUUCAUGUGCCGAGUAUACAGUCAGCCGACGAUAUUCUCAACUCGACCAAUGCCCAUCAGUCGGCCAACGACCAUCCGCUGGACUCGACCCUCACGGCGGAUGUGUUGCGCUUCGUCCUCGAGGGAUACAACGCCCUUUCCUGGCUUGCCCUAGACUCCAACACACACGAUCGUCUCUCCUGUCUACCCAUCAAUGUCCAGACGCUGAUGGAUCUGUACUAUCUGACGGCUGCCAUAGCCUAAGGUUCGGGAUCUCAGAUCUCUGAUCAUCGAUCUCCGGAUCACUUCAAAACUGAAUCAAUCAAACGCAGUCGCAUGCUUCCGUUUGUAGAACUUCCACUAGCUAUAUCAACCUCAAAGAACAGCAAAAUAGAGAACCGAAAAGAUCGAAAACAGAAUCAACACCAAGCAACCUUGAAUCGAAGUUAACAGAAUCCAAAAACACCAACAGAACAACAAGAGCAAUAGCAGCAGUUAACGCAACGCACAGAUUACUUAGCAUAAUCAACCAGAAAACAAAAAACAUACAAAUACAAGGAUCACCGAUGAGAGCGGCGGAUAUAUAACAUUAUCGUCUACCGAUAAGUCUUGAGCAGCAACAGCAUUACUAUUUAUUAAUCGUCGAGAAUUUGUAAAAGUGUCAAGUGCAAGAAUUGUUUGUUUAAUUUUAUUUUUUUAUACCAUAUACAUAGGCUGGCGUUCGAUUAGUGUUUAAUAUUUAUAAAUAUACAACAAAAACCGAGGAGCGAAUGAGAAAAUAGCGAAAAGCAACAACAACAACAAACAACCACACACAUGUAGGCAUAUAGGUCAUAUAUACAAUAGCGAAGUGGAGUUGAAGCGAGUAACAUAUUUAGCAUAAGUAAAAAAGUUUGUACAUAUUUACAACCAAUUCGCCGUAAGCAGGAACAGCAGAAGCAACAACAAAGCAAAACAGAAGUGUAAUUAUACAAUUAGUAAUUAGUUUACAACAAAUUGAACGAGGAGAGGAGGAGAUGGAAGGAGACCGUAUUUAAAUCUAAUAAAUUAAAUCAAUAAACUGUGUAAAUUUUUGUGCAAAGCGAGAAUUAGUUUAAAUUUAAAUUAUACAAGAUGAAAGUGUAAAAAACAAAACCCAAAACACACGCAUUAAACGCCCCACACGAUGGAAACAAACAAAAACAUAUAAUUAACUGAAACGGUAUACUGUAAAUUGCAUAUAUAAAAACUAUAUAUAUCUGGACGCCAAGCGCAGAUGAUGAAGGACGAUGAGUUAGGAGUAAGAGGAGGACGAGGACAGGAUUAGAGUUAGGAUGAGCGUUAGGAAGAGUUUUUUAUUUCGCGUAUUUCGUGUGUUUUUUUUUUGUUGUCUCUUGUAUUCGUAUAAUCCUAGGAAAACAUUUUGUACUUCACACAGAAACUGAACACAACCCACAAACAAACAAAAACACACACCACUCACAUAGCCAAUUUUCUAAUAAUGAAAUACUUAAACGAAAAUGUGUACAAAUUAAUAAUAAUGCUUGUAAAGAACGGGAAAGCUUUCUACACUCACCAACAAAACAACAAACACAAGAACCACAAUUGAUUUAGCACGUUGAAACGAUUUUCGCCUAGGCUUAAGUUUAAAACAAAAUCAAUUAAGUGAAAAAAAUGGAAAACAAUUAUUAAACAAUGAAAUUAUUUUUACCUGUGUAUUUUAAUUAGCAUAAAUUGUGUAAACAACAAAACCUACGAUUACAAAGACGUUUUCUAGUAAUUAUCAAACACCAACAUAAAACACACACACAACACCCCCACAUGCAUAUCUUUUAAGUAGUUUCGAUUUCAUUUAGUAUUCUAUUAUUUGUGUAAUAAACCGAACUUAUUUGCAAACCUGA